GCCUAACUACACAUAGAUUUAUUACCAAUGUUCUUCGUUACAUUGAUUCUGAUCAUAUCUGUUCAAUCAUUUGACUGUGAAUUGACACCACAUCAAAUUAAACAAGAAUGUGAAAAACAUUGUGAGGGAAAGAAUGAAUAUGCUACUCGAUACUGUGGUGGUCUGUGUUCUGGCACCACAGGAGCUCAAACAUUUUACUGUUAUCUCGCAUGCAGUCAUAACGCCUCUACGCAAGGAGAUUUCGACGAAUGUAUAAAAAAGUGUAAUGAUGGUAGUGGUCUUGGUGAGGGAUCAUGUAUGAGUGACUGUGGAGCUGUCACCAACCACGAGGAAGUUUGUGAAACCGCUUGCGGUGGAAAUAAUGGAGGCCUAUUUCCACUGUGUUUAUAUAAUUGCGAUCAAGCACAUCCAAAUGGAUAUGAAGGGGGCUUUGACGACUGUAAAACAAAGUGUUACGGAAUGAACGAACGGUGAAUCCCUGUAACCGAUUGCUCUUUGCUCUGUCAAGUUUCUUCAGUCGUACGUUAAAUACGAUGUUAGAAUUCAACAUUUCAUUACGUUAUUGUUUUAUUAUUUUGCUUAUUUAUUAACUGUAAUUAAAGAAUAAUAACUAACCGAAAUCAAAUAAAUUCAAAAUAUAAUUUGCAAAUC